AUGCGCAAGGCCAUCGACGGAGACAAUGUGCGGGACGCGUUGAAGAACGCCUCCAACAUGAUUUGCGAGCUCCGUACCUCUCUUCUGUCCCCGAAGAACUACUUCGAGCUGUACAUGCAGGUCUUCAAUGAGAUGCAGCACCUAUCAGGCUUCUUUGGGGACAAGAGCCGGCAUAAAAAGAAAAUGAUUGACCUCUACGAGUCAGUGCAGCAUGCAGGCAAUAUUUUGCCGAGACUCUACUUGCUGGCUACAGUGGCUGCAGCCUACAUCAAGUCCCUGGAAGCUCCCGCGAAGGAAAUUCUCAAGGACGUCAAUGAGCUGUGCAAAGGCGUCCAGCACCCUCUUAGAGGGCUUUUCCUCCGGUACUACCUGUCGCAGAUGCUGAAGGAUAAGCUGCCAGAUACCGGGUCCGGCUUCGAGGGAGAGGGAGGCGACAUCAACGACGCCUUCGAGUUUAUCUUCACCAACUUCCAGGAGAGCAACCGCCUCUGGGUCCGCAUCCAGCACCAGGGCCCCUCAAGGGAAAAAGAUCGGCGAGAACGCGAGCGCCAUGACUUGCGCGUGCUUGUUGGUGCCAAUCUUGUUCGACUCAGCCAGCUGGAUGGCAUGACCAUGGAGUUCUACGCCGAAGACGCCCUCCCAAAGAUCCUGGAUCACAUCGUCUCUGUCAAGGACGUGAUGUCUCAGCAGUACCUUCUGGAGAGCAUGAUUCAAGUGUUCCCCGAUGAGUUCCAUAUCCGCACUUUGGAGCAGAUGCUGUCGUCUUACGUUCGGGCGCUGCCGAAUGUAGACAUGAAGCCCAUCAUGGUUACGCUGAUGAACCGGCUUGCGAACUACCUCUCAGAGGCAGACAGCUCGAAGGUUCAAGCAGCUGGGGACAUUUUCUCGCUUUUUCGAUCGCAUCUCCAAGGAAUUUUGGAGCGCGCUCUGCAGCCACAGCAGCAAAGCCAAGGGGGAGUUGCUGUUGCAUCGCCAAUGCCAGACAUGGCACCUCCUUUGGAGGUCCUGGCAGCAUUCAUGCAGUUCACAGUUUCCUUGUACCCGGAUCAGGUCCACUAUGUCGACAUCAUCCUCGGAUCUGCUGCUGAGCUCCUGCAAAAGUUUAAGGCUCUGCCAGGCUGCAGUGGCCCGAUCUCAGAGAAGGCGGCGGACCAAAUCGGGGAGUUGCUGGCUGGGCCGAUGAAAACUCUUGGAUUGGGGGUGCUGAAGAUGGAGCACUUUGCCGGCCUUGUGGGCUUCUUGACCUUCGAGAUCCGGAAGCAAGUGUCCUUGAACAUGGUCAGCGCCAUCGUGGAGGACGACCGUGCCCUUAGCAGCGUCGACGACGUGACGGCACUCUUUGGGUUCAUUUCUCCUCUGUUGAAGGACGAGGAGGACACGCCAAUGGAUGAGGCCAAAGACAAGGCUCGGUUCGCCGAGGAGCAACACAAGGUGUGCAAGCUGGUCCAUCAGGUACGGCAUGAGGAUACAGACAUUGAGUUUCAGAUCCUCACGACGAUGCGAGGCUUCUUUGGGCAAGGCGGGCCGAACAGGCUUGUGUAUACUCUCCAGCCCAUUUUCUUCGCUGCCCUGGGGCUCGUGCCAAAGAUCCUCGCACGGGAGAAGCGACGGGCCGAGGAAGGAGAUGAUGCUGUGCCACAACCGGCCGUCAGCAUGAAAAAGGUCUUCCAGUUUGUGCACAAGACGAACACAGCGUUGAUGCAGUCCUCUCCAGACAUGGCCCUCCACCUCUGGUUAGCUGCCGCUGUAUCAGCAGAUCAGGUGGAAAGAGCCACGGGCGCACAAGGAGGCUACGAACCCAUAGCAUACGAGUUCCUGACGCAGGCCCUCGUCUUGUUCGAGGAAGAGAUUUCAGACAGCUCCAAGCAGUUCAAAGGCAUCCAUAACAUAGUCGGCACUCUUUGCAAAAUCGCCGCCCUGGACCCGGAGAACUUUGACAAUGUCUCACAAAAGAUCACCAGGCACGCCGCGAAAUUGCUGAAGAAGCCAAUGCAGUGCAGGGCCGUUGCCGCUUGCUCUCAGCUCUUCUGGUGCGAUGCCAGACGAGAUGCAAAGAGAGUGCGAGAAUGCUUGGAGAGGUGCGUGAAGACGUGUGAGGCCGUUGUGCAGUCGGACUCCGCGCAGGUUGGGCUGUGGGUGGAGAUGUUUGACAGGUAUAUCUAUUACUACGAAGUGCAGUGCGAAGAGGUGGGCAUCACAUUUCUGCAGAGUUUGAUGCAGAUCUGUGUGGAGCACAUCGACUUCGCUCUCAAG